CAAAGCAGAUAUGCUUUUAGGAAUGAGCUAGGAUAUUUUUAAUGUCGAUGUCCAGGAACCCAUAUAAUGACAAUUCCAAGGAAUAAGCAUUUCAAUUCUUAUUGUCCACCGGAACGUAAGGGAACCCAUACAUAGCCUCAGGGCGGCAUCCUAAAAAAGGCGAAGAAAGCUUCGUGUUUUAAAGUUUUUCUUAGCUAAAUGGCGGGGCUUUUCCCUCAGUACAAAGGAUUCUGUUGUAGGCGUUGGUGUUAGGAACACGUGAAGGGCAGUGGUUGCAUUCCUUUGUUCGGGGUGGAUCGAAGUGAAGAGCAAGACGAAGAGCUGAAUGAGAAUGAAUCAGCCGCAGGAUCAGCACGGAUGCUGCUUUAGUCACGUAUCCUGACUUUUACUGUCGCAAUCCAAUGAAAGGAAAAGAAAACAUACAUACGCACAGAGGUGCAUUAUUAUGAUGAAGCAAUCGCUUCAGGAUUGGCACAUCUUCCCAGAACAUUUCAUCAGUGCAGUCAUAAACAAGCUCAACACUAUCAACGCAUUGAAUAGUAUGGGGCGGUGAGACUGGCUGCUAUUCACCAGUAAUCGGAGAACAGCUUUAAGGCGAUCUUUCAAGGACGUCAGUAGUUCUACCUAAGUAGCCCCCGCGCCCCCAUCCAACCAUUUAAUGGACCCAGUUCUUAGUAUAACAUGUCAACUCUCACAGUGGAUGUGGCAUCGCUGGCUAGGUCAGCAUUCAUUGCUCAUCUGUAACUGCCCAGAGGAAUUUGAGAGUCAACUACAUUUCUAUGGAUCUGGAGUCAAAUGUUAUCAAAGGGAUUAUAGUCUGAUCAACAAAAAUGCCCAUGAUCUGAGCUCCCAACUGCAAAAGCAAUUUAUGUAGCUUUGUUUAAAACAAAACUAGCUGUGAAGAUCACUGUAAGAUUAGGGUCACCGAUUUCAUUGUGUCAUGAAUAGUGAAAAUGUAGAAAUAGAAACCUCUAAUGGAAGAAAAACUUUCAGUGAUAAAUAUAAUAGAAAAUAGUUUAAAAAAAAAUCUGCAUAAUCAGAAACUUGCAAAGAACAAAGCAAACAUCAUGGAAGCUCAAAGACCAACACUUCAAAAUGAACCAACAUUGGUUGGAUCUUGCAUUUCUGGAGAAAAAAUGAUGGUGUUAGCUCCUGCUUUAGAAAAUAUGGGUGAAUCUUUUUCUGCGGAUGACAGCAUCCUAAGUGACGACCUGAGCACUGGCUCUCUCAAACAGAAAUCUUUAAGCUGCCGAAGAAAACGAGAAUUCAUACCUGAUGAGAAAAAAGAUGCAUUGUAUUGGGAAAAGAGAAGAAAAAAUAAUGAAGCAGCCAAAAGGUCUCGUGAGAAACGACGUUUGAAUGAUAUGGUUUUAGAGAACAAGCUGAUGGCUUUGGGUGAAGAAAAUGCACGACUGAAAGCAGAACUUCUUGCUUUGAAACUAAAAUUUGGAUUAAUCACUGCAGCAUUUUAUGAGCAGGAGAUACAAAAUCUUGGAAAUGCUUCAGGGCCAUGUUUUCAAGACUAUAAACCCUCUGGUAUAAAUUUAACUUCUUUUGCUCCUGAUCAUGAGCGUGGUUUUCUUGGAAAUGGAUGUAUUUCAGUCAUUAAACAUUCACCACCAAGUUCAUUGUCAGAUGUUUCGGAAAUAUCAUCAAAUGCCCGGGAAAGUCCUCUUCUUCAAGUAGCAUGUAAAAGCCCAAAAGGCACCUUCAAGGUCAUAAAACAAGAGCCUCUGGAGUUCAAAGUAGAUUCUGAAACUUGUUUGCGAGACCCCAGAGAGGGAAAUGGUUCUUUUGUGUCAUCCAUGUAUAGAAAUUGUAUUGGCAGCACCUUCAGCAGGAACUAUUCACAUUCACCACCUUCCAUACAGAUUGCUAGGUCAUCAAGUAAUUCGCCAAGAACAUCAGAGGCUGAUGACAGUACGUUAGGAAAACCUACAUCUGAAGAAGAAGGUGAAGAUGAACAGCAAGUGCCUAAAGGCCCAAUCUCUCCUCCUAUGGAAUCCAAAAUUGUGCACAAUGCCACAGUUAAGGUUCCUGAAUCAAACUCUUCUGCACUGCCUCACAAACUUCGUAUCAAAGCUAGGGCAAUCCAGAUUAAAGUGGAGAAUGUGGAAGCAUAUUAUGAAACACCAGAGAAACAGCCAUCAUCUGCCAGUACUAUUUCUGCUAAAAUGUCUUAUCCAUUGAACACAGCAGAAAUGUUUAAAUGCAAUGCUUCAAAUUCAGUACAUCCUGCCUUAGCUCCUUUGUCUAUUCAAGUAGCAAACAUCAACGAUUGGUCUCACAAACCAGAAUUUUGGCAUCAAAAAGUAAGUGAAGAGAAAUUGGAAGGGGCUUAUAAACACGUCCGGUUAUGUUCCCCUGUUGCACUAGCAAACCAGUCACUUGCUGCUGGAAAAGACUCUACCUUCAUUAAUCAAGGAGUACAACUGGAAUCAGAAAACUUGUACUUAAAACAAGGCAUUGCAAAUUUAAGUGCAGAAGUAGCUUCACUGAAAAAACUCAUAGAAAAGCAACAGGCUGUUACUUCAGACUCUGGCAAAAGCACUACUGAGAAAAGAUUUGCCAACUGACGUGGCAAAUGAAGUAGAGUGGUUACUUUUAUAUAAUUCUAAAUUUUCACUGGAACAAUUUUGUUUUUUCAUUGUAAUCAAAUUGUAAUUCCUUGCAAAUGCUCACAUAUUGUCUGAAUUGUACACCUUGUGAUACACCGGUUGUACUGUACAAUGGGAGCAUUCAUUUCUGUAAUUUCAAUUACUUGAUACAAAGCUAUGGAUGAUUCUUCCGUCCUUACGUUUUGUUCAACAUCCAAUAUUGAAAUAUCAUGUAUACCCAAUUAAACAGUUGAUGAACACUGAGACUUGCUUGAAUUUUUUUUACUUAAUAUUUCAGGAAUUAUCAACAAACAGUGUUAAGUCUGGAUAUUUUAGCUAUUUUAGUUUGAAACGGAUAAUUGUUCACUUGUAAGCAAUGACUUAAGUAUCAAAACUGGGAAAGAUCCUACGUUUAAGAAAAAGUUCUCCUUGGUAUAGAGCACAUUUUAGUCAACAUUUAUCACAUGGAUGUUGAAGACAGGCAAA